CUUUUUGACGCUUUUGCCGGCUAUCUUUCAAGUUUUCCUUUAUUCCCGUUAAGUGAGCGUGCGCAGCUGUUCAUUUCUAGUGCGGAGUUGCAACUUGGUGCUUAAAUAGACAAAAACAAGACGCGAAACCGACUGACAACUGCCAGUAAGUGCACGCUUAGACGGCUCCUAACUUAACAUCCGUGAAAAAGGCCAAGUGGACGAUGUCCAGCGAAGCAACUGGCGGGGUAACUAUCAAGGAGGAAGCAUCUACGAGUGGCGCAGCUAGCAACAAUCCCGGAGAAGCUACCGGCGCAGAGGCAAAGAAACCGGAGAGCUCUGCUGACAAAGCAGAAUUGCUGGGCGAGGUCGGGUUGGUGGAGGAGACGCCGGAGACCCAUUCGAAGCGUCUGCAGAAUCUGCGCAAGGAGUUGGCGUAUCUCAGCGAAACGGACUGGAUGUACGAGAGCCUCGACAAAAAGCCCGCCCACUCGUGGUUAGGGAACUCUGAACGUGACGAUGAGAUAAAGCGGGAGCUGAUGGAGCGGGAGAAUCAAUUUCUGGAUUUCCAGCUGAAGGAGGAGGAGAACAAACAUCUCCGGGAGGGGAAUCAGUCUAGUGACAUGGGGUCCUUUAUUUCAAGCCAGGUGGACAUCAACCAAAACAAGGAAAGCAUAUGCUCAUCGCGGAAGGGAGUUAUCACUAGUCUGACCGAUUCGAAUGGAGCCAUCGACAAGUUAAUUUAUUUUGAUCGCAAAGCCGCUGGCGGUGUCUUUAAUGAGCUGAGCAUUGGCUGCGUGGUGGAAUAUCUGACUUUUCAAAAGAACCGCGAUAAUGUCCCCAGAGUCGUCAAGGUGCAGCGCAUCGUUGAGGAUGUCUGGGACGAGACGUCCGAUGAUAAGAUCCAAAGAGCUUUGGAGAAACUAAAGAUCGAGAACCCAACAAUCUUUAAAACUCAGAAUAGGAAUGUAAUGGGUCUAAUUACCACUCGUCACCGAUCCUCCAUUGAAGUGGACACAGAGUAUGGACAGUUUGAAGUAGAGCUUGACAACGUCGAAAUCACCUUCGUGCCCCAGGAGGGCGAUCGUGUGCGCCUCGUGUGCGAUGUCCAACUUGACGAUGAUUUUGUGGACAAGCAGGGUGAGAUUCUGCAGGUGUCUAAGGUAUUUCCCCAGCGCAUAGAGCCCGAUCAAAAGUGCACCGUGGAACGCGUCUACGAGAAUAUGUCGGUGCUUGGUGAGAAUAUCUAUGUCCUGAAUUUGGACGUUCCGUCGGGCGUUACACUACAUUUGGGCGACGUAGUUCGCGCGGAUCUCAUCGAGUGUCAGUAUUCUACAUACACUAAGCGCGCUAUUAAGCUGUCGAUUAGGGAAAUGAACUUUGGGGAAUUGAAAUUUAAGUCGUCCCUCACCUCGGGGACCUUGCACGAAUGCCAAUCGGUAUCGGUGAAAGGCCAGACUCGUCACAUUACCAAAGACCUCCAUAAAAGGCAUAGGAUUUCGCUGAAAGUGCGCAACAAUGUAAAUCGCUCUUUAUGCCUUAAGAGCGUGACUGUGCACAAUGCGGAUGUAUCUCAGCUGAGUGUCGUGGAGCCUUUGGAGUCCGUCGACAUUCCCGUCGGUGGGCAGAUUCCGCUCGUAUUGGAGGUGUACACGAAGUUUAUGGGAGAAGCUUCCGAAAAAUUUGAUCUGGACUUUGGUAAUUUCAAAAUUAGGCGCUGUAUUGUCAUCAUCGUGUGCGAAACGGAGGAGGAGGUCCUCACAGCGGAGAAGCGUAUGAUUGCCGCUGAUAUCUUAAUACCUUCUGGACGUUCGGUAGUGCAGAGGGCCCGAUCCUAUGCGAACCAGGUUUGGUCCAACCAAAGGGAAGUGGUGCCAGGACAAUCUGUAACCACCAAGCGUCGCUUUGUGGCCUUACGUCUGGGUUCAUAUGAGGUCCCAGAGAAAUUGCGCCAGAUUUACCUAACUACCGAGCGACAAUUGAGCUUGUUCGAAGCCAUCGAGAUGCAGUAUCCGUUUGCAAAGGAUGCAUUAAGCCCGAAGAACUAUGUGCAGACUUUUAGUUUGUUCCUGCACCUUGAAGAGAUUGAGUAUUUUGUGCUGAUAAGGAACUACGACAGGGAUCGGGCACACUUCCAGCGAGAUGGUGAAUACCUCUCGCUGCUGAUCGAGAAUCUUGCCGAGCGACGUCCCUCGCUGGUCAUUGGCGAUAUAGUCCGUGCCGUUAAUCCCUGGGUGGACUCUACCAAGACGGAAACCAACAAGUCCUUCGAGGGCAUCGUCCACCGGGUGCUUUGCAAUCGUGUUCUGCUCAAAUUCAAUGCCAGCUUUCAGGCAAGGUACAACGGAGAGGACUACCGCCUGGAGUUUUACUUUUCGCGUUUCGGUUUUCGCAAGCAGCACUAUGCCAUCUCCAAAAUAUUAUCCAUUAUGGGUGAGGAGUUCUUGUUUCCUACUAAGAUAACCAAACGCAAGCAUCCCCAGCUGGAGGUCAGGAUGGAGGGCGAGGACGAUAUGUACCUUUACGAUACAAAGCUGAAGUGGUUUAAUCCUUCACUUAAUCGCAUACAAAAACAAGCUGUAUUCAAUAUCUUACGUGGCGAGUCGCAGAAUAUGCCGUAUGUUAUCUUCGGGCCACCUGGCACUGGGAAAACCAUUACCCUGGUGGAGGCUCUCCUGCAAUUGGCAGAGAAUAUUCCAGGCGCCAGAAUUCUGGUGGGAACGCCAUCCAAUAGCUCGGCGGAUCUGAUCACGAAGAGGAUCAUCGAAAGCAAUGCCCUGCCCCAGGGUGAUUUCGUUCGUCUCGUGUCGUUCAAUCAGAUCGAGAAGGACUUGAUUCCGCCAGAGCUGAUGAGCUACUGUGCCACGGUAGACAUUGGAUCAGUGGGCAGUUGCCCAGAUAAUAUGGUUAUCACCGAAUCGGGCUUGAAGCUGCGCUGCCAGAUGAAAUUCAUUGGACGCCACCGGGUUACUAUAUCGACCAACGCUACUUUGGGGAACUUCAUUCAAAUGGAUUUCCCAGCCGGCCACUUUACCCACGUGCUUAUUGACGAGGCAGGCCAGUGCUCGGAGCCAGAGGUAAUGGUACCUAUUUCCAUGCUCGUCAAGGACAAGAGUCAAGUGGUUUUAGCCGGGGAUCCUCGCCAGCUACAGGCCAUUGUGAUCAACCGUUAUUCGUCAAUUAAAGAAUACGCCAAGUCGUUUCUGGAGAGAUUGUUGGAGCACCCACCGUAUAGAAAGGACCUUCAGAGAUUCCCCGAUAACUGUGGAUAUAAUCCAAUAUGCCUGACCAAGCUACUAAACAAUUACCGAGCACUGCCAACGAUAAUGUGCACUUAUAGCAAACUCUUUUACGACGACGAACUUAUUUCAAUGAUUAGUGACACGGAUUCGAGAGAGAUUCGACUGCUGGAAAAGGCGAAAGUGCUUUUCGAGCCCAUUAAGGAUAUACCAACAAAGCAGGCGGUCUUCUUCUAUGGAAUCGAUGGCACGAACUUGCAGGAGAAUGACUCGCCCUCCUGGUACAAUCCGCUGGAGGCCAAGGAAAUAUUCUUUGCGACCACUCUCCUGUACCGCCUCAAUAUCCAUGAGGAUCAGAUUGGGAUACUUACGCCAUAUGCAAAGCAGGUGAAGACGAUCAGGAGUCUAUUCACUGGCACCGAUGUGGUCAUGCCAAAGAUUGGCUCUGUGGAGGAAUUCCAGGGUCAGGAACGCGACAUUAUGCUCAUUUCGACGGUGCGCUCUUCGCAGGCACUUAUCCACUGUGACUCCCAGAUGUCAUUGGGAUUCGUGAAAUCCAACAAGCGAAUGAAUGUGGCCAUAUCCCGCGCCCGUGCCAUGAUGAUCGUUUUCGGGAAUCCUAAUCUCCUUGCCUUGGACGAUUCGUGGCGUCGUUUCAUUGCCUAUUGUGCCCACAACAAUGCGCUUUUCGGCUGUGAGCUGCCCGAUUCCAUUGUUUAUGGCGAUGACGACAAAAAGGAAGCGAAAAAAUACAAUAAAUAGUACUGAAAUCCGUAUUAUACUUUCCAGAGAAGGAUAUCUCGGUGCUUUCUAUUGUUAUUUGCAAACAAAUUAAAUACAUGAUUGACCUUAAUUUUGA